AUGGUUUCUAAGAACGAAGUCCGCAUAGAAGAACUGUUAUCCAGAGGGCCUGACAUAACAGACGGUCCCGGUAUCGUCUAUGCUUUCGUGAUCGUAGGGGGGACUUCUCGAGAUAACGCUUUAAUGGUCAAAGUGGGGGCCACCAAGGAUUGGAAACGGAGGAUGCGAGAGUGGAAGAACCAGUGUAAAGGCGAGGAGCACGUAUGGCUGGUGGGGAUCGAAAGCAAAUACCGGUUUCUCACAGAAUCUUGCGCUCAUAUAAUGUUGGAAAAUCGAGCCCUUGAACGCCCGGUGGUUACAUGUGAAUAUUGCGGUCGGAAGCACAUGGAGAAGUUUGUCAUGAAGGUCAAGGAUCGAUUCGCAUCCAACGUCGAACGGGAACUCAUACAAGUGAUUGAGGAGGCCAAACGAAGGGUGAAUACAUACUUCGGUGUCUAG